UUGUGCAUUUUAUUUACUAGCAUUGGAUUUAGUUCCUCCAGGUUUUAGUCUCCUGCCCCAGGAGAGGCUGCUGACAAAGCUGGGUGCUGGAGGUGGGUUGCUUUGUGUGUUGGCUUGGGGAAUUUGUUAGGAAUGGAAAGGUUUGGGUGUUGUGCCUGCAGAAGUGAUGAAUGUUUUCUUCUGACUUGGGCAUUCAGGGCUCAUUGAACCUGCAAAGACUCUGCUCUGUAUCAUACAGGAACUGUAAUCUAUAGGCUACAAAGACAUUGCUUAUAUUUAACAAAAAGAGUAAGCAAGUGGGCUUCUUUUCUUGUUUAGUUGUUUAAUUUUGCUUGAGUUUCUUCUCUGGCUCUGUUAGGAGAGCAGAAAGGAUGGGGACUCGGGCACUAGGACCCCAGUUCAGCUCAUGCUGGUAAAUAGAAACGGAUGGUUCUUCUCUGAUCUUGCUACAUUAAGAGCACUGACACUGUCUGAAACCUGUUUUCCAGGCAUGCUCUGGUGGUUAAAUCGUUUGGCCUCUUACUCUUGAUAGUUCCAAAGUCAAAAACUUCUCUGUCACUCCAACUAUUCCCUAGUAAAGUCUGAAUAAUUUGUCUUUCAGGUGACUUCUUUGUAUUUACCUCCAUAUUCUUUACAUUUGCUACAGGAGUUUAGUGGCGUGGCACCUUAAAAUAUUCACUCUGGAUGUUCUUAGCACCUUUAAUUUAUUAAAAAUAGACUUUAGGAAUCUGAUUCAUCCUUAAUUUAGGCUCCCUGCUCCAUCGCUGCCUAUUGACACUCAAUUACUAGGAAGUUUCAAAUUCCAACUACUAAUACACAAAUAAAAGGAAGGAGCAAGACUCUUGCUGGCAACCUCCUACAAAUAUUUCAGGCCUGUGUCAUUAUUUAUUCCUAUUUUUAUGAAAACUUCUGAACAGAGUGUGCUGGAGCCUCCAGGAAGCCAAUCCUGGUGGUGUCUGAGACGCGCUCCCGCGAUUGGCGCCGGGAUUUCAACACCCCUUAACCUCAAAGGUGCUCAGAUCCACCUCCUGGCUUCUCUGAGGAUUCAUCCUCAUGUUUGGGAGGUUCUCCCAAACAAAGGAACCUCCCUGGUGGCUUUUCAGGGCUCCACUGACCUUAAGUGGCUCUGAGGAACGUCUGAGCCUGCAGAGGGUUUUCCUUUAAGCUGCGCGGGGUGAGUCAUCCUGCAGAACUCACAGGCAGUUUCACAAAUGCCAGAUGGCAAUAAAAUUAAAAGUAGUAGCUAGUGGCAAUUAAGCAUUUGCUAUAACCAUUCUCCCUUCCUGACUGUAGGAAGCUGCCAAAUCUCUUUUUAUUUAUUUUUUUUCCCUAUGACCAAAAAAACCCACAAACGACGUUUCUGCAGAGUGGAAAGUUAAGAGAAUACAGGGCAUGUGCUUCCCUCCCUCACCCAUAGUCCCAUUUGGACUUACUGGCUGCAUUUCAUGCAUCUCAGGAAGAUGAAGCAGAAAAAACACACAGUAAAUGAAAUUUUUUUUAGAACCACACGGGCAGGUGGAAAAAUUAUUUCAGCAAUGACCCUGCUAACCUCCCCAGCCCAGAGGACGUGUGGCUCAACAGGAAUAUAUUCACCCAGUUGCUGGGACUUGGUCUAACUUUUUGUUUUGUUUUUACACUGCAGGCUGUUGGGAAGGAUUUGCUCCACAAACUUGGAAGUAGUUGGAGCUCAUUCAUGUAGGAAGUGUGUCCAAAUACCAUUGUGCUUGGCUCAGUGUAAAUACGAAGGACUGCUCCCCUUUCUUUGCAGUGACUCUUGCUGCUUGGCAUCUCCUGGAUUCCUCAGCCACACACAAAUAGUUAUUAGCUUUUUCAAGCCCCAGAUCCUUUACCUCAGCCCUUCCUUCCAACCCGUUCCACAGGCAGCAUGUUUCAUCCCUUCUGUUAUUUACAAGUCACAGGCCCUGUGACCUUGCCAAGAUUUUUGAGAGAUAAAUCUCUUAAUUUAUGCAUACCUGAGUAGGAAGGAUUUUUUUUCAUGAUUCACAUCGCAAUAAAGCACAAAUCUACUUCUUCACAUCUAAACAGCACAACACUUGAUUUUUUUUUUUAUUUCCCCUAUCAUAGUGAAUAAUUAGUAUCUUAUUUAUAGUGAAUCAUAUUAAAGUGAUCUUAUCAUGAUUAGUUUUCACAUGGUGCUUUAAGAACUCCAAAGAUGUUUUGGCACAGAUGAGGAAAGGGUGAGGCCAAAGCAGCUCCACAUCACCACUGUCCCCAGCCGUGGUAUUUCCAGCCCUGUCCUCAUAUGGAAAGACCUGGUAGGGGCUGAGGAGCCUGGGCCAGGGGAUUAAAGAGCAAAAGGAAAACCAGGGGAGGUAGAUGGGGUUUAAAUCAACCAUUUAUCUUGGGAAAAUCUCCUCAAGCCUAGUCUGGUGCCAGCAAGUAUUUUGUGUUACAACCUCUUUCUUAAAACACAAUUCAAUCCCCACAGGAUGGAAAGACAGCAAAUGGAAGAGCUUUUGAAAAAGAAUUAUAUGACUGGUAGAAAGAGCAGAAUUAGUGGAUACAAUGAUAACGUGGUCAACAAAAAGGAGUCAGGAGAAGUCUUGCCUGGAAGACCUGGUGAAGUCCCCUGAGGACGUCCUCAAACAUGUGGGUGGGGAGAAGCAGGUGCUACAGUCUACUUGAAUUUUCAGGUGACUUUUUAAGGAUAAGCAGCCUGUGUUUGUGGAAAGGAGGCACAGGUUAAGAAGCAAGAACAUAGCCUGGACAUAAAACAGAGUAAAAGACUGGAAAGGAUGGAUUGGCACGACCAGUCACUUCUGCUUUGCAGGUGGACUUCUCAGGGGUGGAAGCCUGCAGAGAUCCUCCCCAGCUUACCUGUGAGUGCUUUAUCGUUUUGUUAGCAACACUUUGGCAAGUUAAAACCUGAGCUCAAAACAACAGGUAUUUUGCAGACCGUCCAGCUUUGGUGGUACCUGAGUUGUUGAAAUCUCUGUCAGUGAGGCAGAGAGUUGUCCUGAAGGUUCCCACGGUAGGGAACCGGCUGGUUUGUGGUCUUGCUUUGCUUUGUUUCUCCUUACUCAUCCCCGCCUUGCCUCCUGUGCUGGUGGGCCAGCAGGUUUUCCUGGAACAGGUCAUGAGUCUGGCACAAAGCUGUGGCACACUCUGCUAGGCAAAAGGGACCCUGUGCCUGUUGCAGCCCCCAAAGGUUUUAUUUCAGGAGCACCAAUGAUGCAGAGAGCUACAGCGAUUGUCACUGUGCAGGUCAAACACCAAAGCACUGACCAGCUGACCCAGAUCCCACGUAGUGCACAGCCAGGACUGAAGCUUUUGAAGUCUCCUGGAGUGUUGUGGCCCCGACCUGCGCAGGAUGGACCCUGUGGUUCUCAGCUACAUGGACAGUUUGCUGAGGCAGUCAGAUGUCUCCUUGCUGGAGCCCCCAAACUGGCUUAACGACCACAUCAUCGGGUUUGCCUUCGAGUACUUCACCAACCACCAGUUCCAAGAGUUUAGUGAUCAGGUUUGUUUCAUCAGCCCCGAGGUGGCUCAGUUCAUCAAAUGUGCCCUUAGUCAGGAAGAAAUAGCCAUAUUCCUUCAACCACUGGACCUUUUCCACAAGAAGCUGGUGUUCUUGCCUAUCAAUGACAACUCCAACCAGGCUGCUGGGGGCACCCACUGGAGCUUACUGGUCUAUUUCAGGGACAAAAAGUGCUUUGCCCAUUACGAUUCCCACAGUAAAUGCAACUCUGUCCAUGCCAAGCAAGUGGCGGGGAAGCUGGAGGCCUUCUUGGACAAAAGAGGGGGCAAAACCACCUUUGUGGAGGAGAAGGCACCUGCCCAGCAGAACAGCUAUGACUGUGGGAUGUAUGUGAUCUGCAAUGCAGAGGCUGUGUGUCAGGGAUACUUUAGGGGCCGGCCGGAGCCUUUGCUGCAGCUCCUCACCCCCUCCUAUGUCACGCAGAAGAGGUCUGAGUGGAAAACUCUCAUCACCAGGCUGGCACAGAAGUGAUGGAGAUGCAGCUCCAGCCCCCCCCAAAAACUGCCUUCCCUGUCCGUGAGGCAGCACCCCCAGUGUCUGAGGGAGAUGCCCAUAUGCAGGAUCAUCCCAAAGAAGAAGAAUGUAACCCCUCCAGCAUGGCUACACCCUCCCAAAUCCCCUGUUCCCUCCUGGAGGAGCCUUAGUCCCCUCUGGAAAUCAUUGGCCUUGGAACUUCUAACCAGAAAUGUCACUUUGCUUUCAAAUAAAUCCUCCUCUCCAUGGUAAAUUUUUACACUAAUCACUCUGGCAAAAUGAGUUGCUAAAGAGACUUUGCUGCCUUUGCCCAGCAGGCAACACAACCUCAUUAGGUGGCUUUAAUUGGCUACAGGCCAAUUCCAAGCCAGGCUUAGCAAAUGCCCUAUGAAACCCAAGCCCCCAAAAGGGCUUAUUUCUAAUUUGUGCCUCCCACUGGUGUCAUUGGAGCAGCCUAGGAUUAAGCAGCAAGCAUUUUUACCCCCGAAAACCUGACACUGAGAUGUCAGUGUCUAAAGAUGAGACUGCAAAGAAAACAAGAAGCUGAGAAACCCAGUCCUAGGAAAAGAAACUUCAUUGAGAUGAAAAGUGACACUCACUCUUUGAAGGGUUUUCUUUUCAUUAUGAUUUUAGGUCGUCUCCAUUUGGGCUCAUCAGCACUUCCCAACCCUCGUUAGUGUUUGCCGUGCUAGGAGCGUACGAGGCGGUCGCUGGUUCCUCUAGCACAAAACCAGUUCUGUUACUCAAGUGAAAAAAAAACCACACCAGAGAGAACAAAAGGACAGAGUUUGAAGUAUAAAAGCCAAAGAUAACUGCCAUCUCCUUGAAGCUCAAGAAACCCUUAAUACACUUCUAAUUGAAACACUUCUCCUGCUCUGGAUGACGGCCGGGAUCUCAGAGCAGAUCCUCUUGUUAAAAAACAGGCUUAGCAGUGAGGAAAAUAAAAAUGAAACUGAGAUGUCGUUGCAGGAUAAGGAAUAAUCUCUACCCUCAUGAGAGGCAAGGAGGAGGUUGCUCAGGUGGUGUCUAGCAGAGCAACCACACCCCAGUGCCCAACCGGAGCUGGGAAAUCCAGCUUAAAUGUUACCCUUGGAAAAGAAAAAGGGGGAGGAUUAUUUUGAAUGUGGAGCUCUUCAGUCAUCUUACUGGCAGCCCAGCCCAGCCCCACCGGUGUGUCCACCUGGUGAUCAACUGUAGGAAGGGCUUAAAUUUCCCUCAGCAGCCCAGGCUCUCCCAAAACACCCAAGCAAACAUGCACAGGCAGUGGAGGAGCACAACGAGGGUUUGGACCAUCCCCCUCCUUCCCAGGCUGCCUGGAUGGGAGAGCAGGCAGCAAGCCAGGGCCUCCUUCCAGCACCAGCCCUCCCUGGAAAACCCCUUCCACAGCUGGGAUGGAGCUGAAAUGGCAUCGAGCUGUGUGCCCAGGAGGAUUCACACAGGGCUUUGCUGGAGUGACCGGCACCGCAGGAGGCUCCCAGCACUGGAAUAAACCUCAAACCAAACCAUGUCCUUGACAGCAUCAUUUGGGUGGGAAGGAGCACGGAUGGAGGGGAGGCAGGAAGGUGAGACUGUGGGUCUGACCAGGAAAGCACUGGGGAGACUGGAGGGCAGGGGCUAUGCUCAUCCAGGGCAAGGUGAGCACCCAGGGACGUUUCCUGGACCCGAGGCCUUUAUGUGGCAUUUCUUUACACAAAGAAGAGCAAAUAAGCUCAAGCAGGGCGGUGCCGGGAGAGCAAACACUGACUAGAACACAAAACCAGAGCCUUACAACCUGCUCCUGGCAGCAGGGAUCCCCACAAACCACAGUGGGGGCCUGUCCUGGGCUUCUCCAAACCUCCCGUGGCAUCUCAGGGUGCUGAAUCUCCUGAACAAAUGGAAUGACACCACCUCUGCUGUGGCUUCCAUUGGGCCAUUUUCAUGCAUUUCUUCUAAUUUCAUGCGUUUUGCUGCAUGGACCAGGCUGGUGGGGAGGGAAUUUGAGUUGCAAAUGCUCAGGGAGGAAGAGGGUAAGGAGGAAAGGUCACCCUGUCCACCCCAGCA